CGCGGCCGGAGCCGAGCCGGAGCGGAGGCCGCGGCCAGGGCGGCGGGAGCGGGGCAGGGCGGGCGGGGCUCCAUGGCGCCAGCGGCGUCCGCCUGAGCGGCACGGGCAGCGGCGGGCGGCGGGCGGACUGCGCCGCGGCUUUUCCUCGCCAUGGGGGACGUGCUGUCCACGCACCUGGACGACGCGCGGCGCCAGCACAUCGCAGAGAAAACCGGGAAGACCCUGACAGAGUUCCUGCGCUUCUACGAGGCGCAGUAUGGCGUGGCGCUGUUCCACAGCAAGCGGCACGAGAUCGAGGGCACCGGGCCCCCGCAGGCGCAGCUGCUCUGGCGCAAGGUGCCCCUGGAGGAGCGGAUCAUCUUCUCGGGGAACCUGUUCCAGUACCAGGAGGACAACAAGAAGUGGAGGAACCGCUUCAGCCUGGUGCCCCACAACUACGGGCUGAUCCUCUACGAGAACAAAGUGGCCUAUGAGCGCCAGAUCCCGCCCCGCGCCAUCAUCAACAGCUCCGGCUACCGGAUCCUCACCUCCGUGGACCAGUACCUGGAGCUGGUGGGCCACUCCUUACCAGGGACCACGUCCAAGGCGGGCAGCGCCCCCAUCCUCAAGUGCCCCACGCAGUUCCCACUCAUCCUGUGGCACCCGUGGGCGCGCCACUACUACUUCUGCAUGAUGACCGAGGCCGAGCAGGACAAGUGGCAGGCGGUGCUGCGCGACUGCAUCCGCCACUGCAAUAACGGGAUCCCCGAGGAGGCCAAGGUGGAGGGCCCCGCGUUCACCGACGCCAUCCGCAUGUUCCGGCAGUCCCGGGAGCAGUACGGCACGUGGGACAUGCUGUGCGGGAACGAGGUGCAGAUCCUGAGCAACCUGGUGAUGGAGGAGCUGGGCCCCGAGCUGAAGGCCGAGCUGGGCCCGCGGCUGAAGGGGAAGCCCCAGGAGCGGCAGCGCCAGUGGAUCCAGAUCUCGGACGCCGUGUACCGCCUGGUGUACGAGCAGGCCAAGGAGCGCUUCGAGGAGGUGCGGGCGCGGCUGCAGCAGGCCCGGCCGGCCAUGGAGGCCGUCAUCCGCACCGACAUGGACCAGGUCAUCACCUCCAAGGAGCACCUGGCCAGCAAGAUCCGAGCCUUCAUCCUCCCCAAGGCCGAGGUGUGUGUCCGCAACCACGUGCAGCCGUACCUGCCGUCCAUCCUGGAGGCCCUCAUGGUGCCCACCAGCCAGGGCUUCACCGAGGUGCGGGACGUGCUCUUCAAGGAGGUGACGGACAUGAACCUGAACGUCAUCAACGAGGGCGGCAUCGACAAGCUGGGCGAGUACAUGGAGAGGCUGUCGCAGCUGGCCUUCCACCCGCUCAAGAUGCAGAGCUGCUACGAGAAGAUGGAGCCGCUGCGGCUGGACGGGCUGCAGCAGCGCUUCGACGUGUCCAGCACCGCCGUGUUCAAGCAGCGGGCGCAGAUCCUGAUGCGCGAGCAAAUGGACAACGCGGUGUACACCUUCGAGACGCUGCUGCACCAGGAGCUGGGGAAGGGGCCCACCAAGGAGGAGCUGUGCAAGUCCAUCCAGCGCAUCCUGGAGCGGGUGCUGAAGAAGUACGACUAUGACAGCAGCACCGUGCGGAAGCGCUUCUUCCGGGAAGCCCUGCUGCAGAUCACCAUCCCCUUCCUGCUCAAGAAGCUGGCGCCCACCUGCAAGUCGGAGCUGCCCCGCUUCCAGGAGCUGAUCUUCGAGGACUUUGCCAAGUUCAUCCUCGUGGAGAACACGUACGAGGAGGUGGUGCUGCAGACGGUCAUGAAGGACAUCCUGCAAGCCGUGAAGGAGGCCGCCGUGCAGCGCAAGCACAACCUCUACCGGGACAGCAUGGUCAUGCACAACAGCGACCCCAACCUGCACCUGCUGGCCGAGGGCGCCCCCAUCGACUGGGGCGGCGAGUACGGGGGCGGCGGGGACGGCGCGGGCAUGCCCGGCUCCCCGGAGGCGGCUGCGCUCUCGGAGAAGCGGCGACGCGCCAAGCACGUGGUGUCGCUGGUGCAGGAGGAGGAGGAGGCGGCGCUGCCCCUCGAGGCUAGCCCGGAGCCCGCGUCGCCAGCGUCGCCGGCGUCCCCGGACAGUGUCACGGAGAUCCGGGGCCUGCUGGCCCGGGAGCAGCAGGCCGACAGCCCCGCGCCGGCCGGGCCCCUGCCCAAUGGGGCGCCCGCGCAGGAGAGCCCGCGCCCCCCGGCGGCGCCCGCGCCCGCGCCCCGCGUCUCGCCCCCGCCCGCCAAGGCCCCGGGCCCCGACAGCCCCAAGCCCAGCGACCAGGAGACGGGCGAGCAGGUGUCCGGCCCCGGCGGCCGCGCCCCCAUCCACACCACCACCGAGGACAGUGCCGGGGUGCAGACGGAGUUCUAGGCUCCCCGCGUCCGGGGACGCCGCGGGCGGGUGGGGGUGCCGUGUCUUCAUGGGGGACGGGCCCCCCCACGCCCCAGUCACUUUAUUGGGUUCGGUCAUACUUGUUACUCCGUUUUCUCUUCUGUGGGGCGACCCCUGCCGCCUCCUGUGCGGGGGCGGGGGUCCCCUUCCUAGGCAGCCUCUCCCCCCACCCAGACCAUGCCCCCCUUAGGGAAAGAGGGAGGCAGGAGCCCCCGCUGGGACCAAAGCCACCCAGGGACUCACGGGACAGAGGCUGCUGGGUCCUGGGUUCGGGGUAGCUCCAGGAGGGGCCCUGGGCGGGAGUUCGGGGGGUGGCAGAGAGCCGAGGGCGGAGCCAGAAAGGCCUGGGAGGUGCCGAGUGCGAGUUAGGACCCCGCAGAGGGGGCUGGAAGCCUCUGCCCCACCCCCAGCAGUCAGUUUCGGGACCACUUCUGUGCCAAAUGUCCCGGGUGUGCGGGGACGGGGCCAGGGCAUGGUUCUGUCCUCUGGGGCCACCUCCGAGGUACUGCUGGCCCCAAGACGGGGGCCAGGCUGACUUGACGCCCGCGGCCUCAGUCACCCGGCCCCCCCUGACCAUUCCCGGCUCUUUCCAGUUGGGUCCAACUGUCUUUACCUUGCUCCUUGCUCAGGGGGAGGCUGGAGCUCCUGCCUGCUGAGGGCGACGGCUGCCCCUCAUGCCCCCCGCGGCGGGCCCUGCAGCCCCUCCUGGGCCCGAGGGCGCUGCAGUGGCCGGAGCUCUGGACCCCACUCACCCCAGCACAGCCGCCCAGAGCUGCCUCUAGUGCCUUCCGGGGCUUCCCAGCCCUCCCCAGACACUGUAGUGGAGAUUCCAUGCCAACAGUUUCGGCUUCCAUUAAUCAAUAAAUGCUUUAUUUAAAGCCA